GUAGAUUCUUUUUCUUUUUUUUUUUUUAAGAAAAAAAUCCUCAAAAAUAACAAAAUGGCACCAAAGAAAAAGACUUUAGUAACUUCAAAAAAAGAUAGAAAUGAUACAGUAAAGGAACAACCUAAGCCCAUAGCAAAAUCUUUAAAGCGUAAAGCUGUUGAAAAAGAAGUAGAGGAGAGCGAUAGUGAAGAAUUUGGAAAUGUCAACAUCGACAUGGGCUCUUCUGAUGAAGAAGAAGAUAAUAAUGAGGAAAACGAUGAGGAUGAAGAAACUGAAGCUUUUCCUGAAAUCAGUCUUAGCGAUGAUGAGGAAGACGAUGAGGAUUUCCAAGCUGAUAGCGAAGAAUUAGAGGAUGAAGAUAGUGAGGCUGAAGAUGUUGAAGAAAUUGAAGACGAAGAUAUGGAUGAUGAUGAUGAUGAAUUAGUAGAAGAAGAUUUGGAUGAAGAGCUUGAACGUGAGCUUGAAAAAGAAAAAUUAGAAGAUGAAGCAGAGGAAGAAAGCGAUGAUUUCAAAAUCCCAGCACCAUAUCGUCAACAUUAUGAUAAAGAAAAAUUGCCUGAAAUUGAAGCAAAUUACGAAAGUGAUAGUUCAACAGAAGAAACUGAAAACACAAUUGGUAAUGUACCUUUAGAAUGGUAUAAAGAUUUACCUCAUAUUGGUUAUGAUAUUGAUGGUAAAAAGAUCUUAAAACCUGCAACGGCUGAUGAACUUGAUAAGUUCUUGGCUACUAUGGAAGAUCCUGAUUCAUGGAAGACAGUUAAAAGUGAUAAGGAAGGAAAGGAUAUUGUUUUGAAUGAUGAAGAAUUGGAUAUUAUUCAACGACUUCAAAGAGGUAUUAUUCCCGACUCUACAUACGAUCCUUACGAACCUACUGUGGAAUGGUUCACUUCAAAGACCGAAACUAUGCCACUCUCUGCUCGCCCUGAACCUAAGCGUAGAUUUGUUCCUUCUAAAUGGGAAGCUAGAAAGAUUAUGAAGAUUGUACGUGCCAUUCGUCAAGGCCGUAUUAUUCCUCGUAAGCCUAAGGACGAAAAACCUAGAUUUUAUAAUCUUUGGGGUGACGAUGAUACUCCACGCGAAGAUCACAUUAUGCAUGUUGCUGCACCAAAAAUGAAAUUACCUGAACAUGAUGAAAGUUAUAAUCCUCCUGCUGAAUAUCUUCCAGAUGAGAAUGAAAUUAAAGAAUGGAAUGAAAUGGAUGAAGAAGAUAGACCUAAAAAUUAUCUUCCAAAGAAAUAUAAUACUUUACGUCACGUCCCUGCUUAUGAUAAAUUUAUUCAAGAAAGAUUCCAACGUUGUCUUGAUCUUUAUUUAGCUCCUCGUGUCCGUAAGAACAGAUUAAAUAUUGAUCCUGAAUCUCUUAUUCCUAAACUUCCAAGCCCUAAGGAUCUCCGUCCUUUCCCUACACAUCAAUCUAUUUCUUAUGAAGGUCAUACUGCUCGUAUUCGUGCACUUUCUAUUCAUCCCAACGGUUUGUAUGCUCUCUCAGGUUCUGAUGACAAUACCUGUCGACUUUGGGAAGUAUUAACAGGUCGUUGCCUUAUGAUGUGGAAAUUCGAUGCAGUUAUCCAUGCAAUUUCAUGGUGUCCUAAUCCUGAUGUCUGGCUCUUUGGUAUCUCAGUUGGUCAUGGUGAAGUGCAUUUGAUUUCUCCCCCUAAACUCUGCUCUGCAGAACAGGCCUUGACCACUGAUCAAUUUACAAAAUCAGGCUUUGCUACAUCUACAGAUGAAAGUGAUGCUAAACAAACUGUUAGUUGGAUUAAGCCUAGUGAAGCAGAUGAAGAAAAAUAUGGCUACAAGGUACGAAUUCAACAUACACAAGUUGUUAAGCAAAUUACAUGGCAUCGUAAAGGUGAUUAUGUUGCUACAGUAUCCCCUGACGCAAAGAAUCUUGCUGUUCUUAUUCAUCAAGUUACGAAACAUCAAACACAAUCCCCUUUUAGACGUCUCAAGGGUCUUGUCCAAAAGGUUGCUUUCCAUCCUAUUAAACCCAUCUUCUUUGUUGCUACACAAAUUUACGUUCGUAUAUAUGAUUUGAUGCAACAACAAUUAAUUAAAACAUUACAAACAAGUGUGAAAUGGGUUUCCAGUAUUGAUAUUCAUCCUGGUGGUGAUAAUGUAAUUAUUGGCUCAUAUGAUAAGAAGGUCUGUUGGUUUGAUUUAGAUUUAAGUUCUAGACCUUACAAGUCACUUAGAUAUCAUACAAAGGCUGUUCGUCAGGUCUCUUUCCAUAAGCGAUACCCACUCUUUGCUUCUUCAUCUGAUGACGGUACUAUUCAAAUCUUUUAUGGUAUGGUCUAUAAUGAUUUAUUACAAAAUCCUUUAAUUGUACCAGUCAAGAUUUUACGAGGUCAUGAUGUUAAAGAUGGACUUGGUGUUUUAAAUAUUGAAUUCCAUCCUACUCAGCCCUGGAUCUUCUCUACAGGUGCCGAUGGUACAUUUAGACUUUGGACAUAAAUUCUUUAUUGUUUGUUAUAUAUAUAUAAUUAAUGAUAUUACAAGAAAAAAAAAAACUUGUAUCAUUUCUCUCUUUCUCUCUUUUUUUUUUUUCCUCCCUCCCUUUACUCUUUUGUGAUAUAUAUAAAAUGCAUCUAUAUUAUAUUUCUACAAAAUAUUUUUCAGGAACCUAGACUUGAGGUUUUAUAAAUAUCUAUAUUGUUGACUAAAAUGAAC